ACCACUUCGAAACUUUUUCGUUCCCCGCCUCCCAGAGUUCCCGUUCUGGUGGAUUAAUGAAACCUGCAGAAAUAGCCCCUUGAAAACCUAGAGGAAAUUGAGUUGGGGCAGUUAGUGUCGGCUGGCAGUCACAAGUCGCAAGCCCUUUCCUUUCUUCUCAGUAGCUACUUAAAAUGGACGCCAAGAUUGACAUUGCAGACAAAAAGGUGCUGGUUGAUAUGGUAAAAUUGUCACAAAAAAGGGGCCUGAAGGGUAAACUGGGAGACUGGAAAGAAUUCUUGAACAGUUAUGACAAAAAGUUUGGAGCUGGUUUGAGUGACCCAGCAAAGAGAUCCCAUGAGACAUUGGCUGCAUUUCUAAAGACAUUUUCAAAGGAGGAAGAUUUGAAGUUUUUUUAUAACAUCAUACGGCAUCAUUCAAACCAAUACACAUUGGAGCAACUGAAAGAUAAAUCUCAUGAUUCCCCUGAGCAGAGGCUAGUCCAAGUAACUCUCCGGCAUCCAUUAUACCCAUUGGAUUAUUCAUUUUCAUCAAUUGAUGAGGGUUGGGUAAUUAUAAACCUUAAAAACAAAUCCAAGGUGAUGAAGUCUACUGAAAUGGUUGCUGUUGAUUGUGAAAUGGUUCUCUGUGAAGAUGGGACUGAUGCAUUAGUCAAAGUCUGUGUCGUAGACCAUAAUUUAGAGGUGAAAUUAAAUGAACUUGUAAAACCUGACAAAGGAAUUGCAGAUUACAGAACAGAUGUUACCGGCGUCUCUUCUCAAGAUCUAGAGACAGUGACUUGCUCCUUGGCUGAUGUACAGAAAUCCAUAAAGAAGUUGUUAUCAAAGGGAACCAUAUUAGUGGGACACAGUUUACAUAAUGAUCUACAUGUGCUGAAGCUUGAUUAUGUUAGAGUGGUUGAUACUUCAUAUAUCUUCCAAUCCUUGGAUGGAUCUAUUCACAGGAGACCUUCUUUGAAUAGUUUAUGUCAGGCUGUGUUAGGAUAUGAAGUUCGGGAAAAGGGUGCUCCACAUAAUUGUCUAGAUGACGCAUGUGCAGCUAUGAAACUUGCUCUUGCAAAGAUCAAACAUGGUGUUGAUAAAGAAUUUCGGAUUUCAUUAGUUCAAGAACCUGUUUCAGAAAGUGAGAUGGCAAAGCUGCUUCUUCACAGGAUUCCAAACACUGUGGACAGUGAAACACUGCAUAAAAUUGUGCCUGGAUUCUUUGAUAUAGAACUGAAGCCUUCCAGGAAAGGUCAAGGUCAAAAUUAUUCUGCCCUAGUUAUCUUUAAGAACCCACAAGAGGCACAUAAUGCCUUUGUAAAUGUCAAAGGCAUCCAACAAAAGGAUUCAUAUGGACGGCCACAGAAACUUGUCACACAUCGGCUAAGUUCAGGCAUGUCUGUCACACUGUUUGUUCGGAAAAUGGCAAUUGAUGAACCCCAGGACCAGGUUCCAUCUAAGAGGGCUUUGCAAGUGGAUGAGGAAAUUGAUGUUUCCAAGAAAGCAAAGGUGGAUCCAAAAAUUGAAGAGGAUGCCCCAACAGGGUCUGGCAAGUGUGACAUUGACUCCCAUUUGAGUGAGAUUGAAGCACUGAAUCAACAAUUGAAGCAAAGUGAGUUGGAGAUUGAAUCAUUGAGGAAACAGAUGACACAAAAGGAUUUUGAAAUCUCCAUGCUGCAUAAAAUGAUAACCUCCUUGAAAAAACGUAAGUAAACCAUUUAUCAUUGGCAUUUGAAUUCAAGGACGUGGUCCUUCUCAGGUGAAUCUUAUAAAGUUAUGGUAAUUUCUU